AUGAUCGCGUCCGACUCCGGAUCUGGUCGAGGCACCGCAAUCGAUCCAAAGGAAAUCAAGCGUUUCGAACUCACGGAGGUGUACUCCCACCCCGACGCCAAAGUCGAUAUAGUACUCGUCCACGGUCUGAAUGGAGAUCCGCACAACAGUUGGACGUCCACACAUGGCGUCUUCUGGCCCACGCAGCUACUACCUGUCACACUGAAGUCGGCGAAGGCCAGGAUACUGGUAUAUGGAUAUAAUGCAGACGUAUAUGCAUUUGGGAAGGGGGGUGCUAGCUCCGAUAUGAUCCAUCAGCAUGCGCAGACACUCCUAGCCAACCUGUCAUUGGAGAGAAAGAGUGAAGAAGCUUCCGACCAUCCGAUUAUAUGGGUCGCCCAUAGUCUAGGCGGUAUAUUAGUCAAAAGAGCGCUCAACCUCUCCGAUGACCUGAAAGAUAAAUACGCAGAUGAUUUGCGCUCCAUCGCAGUUUCUACCUACGGCAUCAUAUUCCUGGGCACUCCCCACACUGGCGCGGACCCCGCGAAAUGGGGCUUGAUGCUGCAAGGGAUGGUCAACGCCUUGAUGCCGAAGAAGCUCGUACAUACGGAGGAUCAACUUGUUAAAACGCUCAAGACUAACAACGAGACCCUGCAGAAUAUCAACCUUAAAUUUCUCGAAAUAUAUCAGAAAUUCAGGGUCUAUAUGGUCCACGAAGGGGUCCCCACCGAUCUCAAGGGCACCAAAAUUUUCAUUGUCGACCAGCUUUCGGCCAGCCCACAGCUCCCUGGUGUGGUCUACUACGGUAUCGAAGCUACGCACUCCGGCAUGUGCAAAUUCGAGAGCAAAAACUCCCCUGGGUACUCGAAUAUAUCGGGUACUAUCAAAUCUUGGGUGGAGGAAUCGCCAAGGGUCAUCGAAGCCCGACGCGAAUAUGAAAAGCAGAAAAGAUGGCGAGAUAAAAAUGACCAGGCGGCUGAACUCUUAGGGUACUAUCCGACAACACCUCAGGCCUCAAAUCCACAUACACCUGGUACGUCGCGCGAGAAUAUCCAGCCUGCACAACCUUAUGUCCAGCCGGGUCUAGUAGAAGCUUCACCGCGAACAAGGUUCGAAUUUGAAGCAGCCGAGGUGGAGGAGAUGGAUACUGAGAUGGCGGGCAAUCGCUGA